GGCGGGAGGGACUGGCAGGGGUGGGACGGCCUUAUCGCCAGGUUCUCCGGCCAACACACCUCCUGAUCCAGAGCGAGCCGUGCUGCCGUCCUCUCGCCAUGGGCUCCGGGCCGCGCAGGGCGCUGAGCCUACUGCUCCUUCUACUGGCGCCGCCGAGCCGCCCCGCCGCGGGCUGCCCUGCGCCCUGUAGCUGCGCAGGGACGGUCGUCGACUGUGGGUGGCGCAGGCUGACUGGGGCCUCGCUGCCGGCUGUCUUCCCUCUGGGCACCACCGAACUGGUGCUGACUGGCAACAACCUGACGGCGCUGCCGCCGGGGCUGCUGGACUCGCUGCCGGCACUGCGCGUCGCGCGCCUGAGCGCCAACCCCUGGCACUGCGACUGCCGCCUGGUGCCGCUACGCGCCUGGCUAGCCGGCCGCCCCGAGCGCGCGGCCUACCGUGACCUGCGCUGCGCCUCGCCCUCUGCGCUGCGCGGCCGCCUGCUGUCCUACCUGGCAGAGGAUGAGCUGCGUGCUGCCUGUACUCCCGGCCCGCUCUGCUGGGAGGUUCUGGCGGUUCAGCUCGCGCUGCUCGGGCUCGGGCUGCUGCACGCGCUGCUACUGGCGCUGCUUCUGUGCCGCCUGCGGAGGCUGCGCGCCCGCGCCCGCGCCCUGGCGGCACACCGGCUGUCGCUCACCGCCCCCCUGGUGGCGAAGCCCGCCGGAAUUGGCGCGUCCUGAGAGGAGUCAAUUGGCUCUGAGCAACAUGAACCUGCAAACUCGACGGGACCCUGCCCAAGAAGCGCCCUUUCCACCCUGGACCCACCUGGCCUCUGCCGCUGCCCAAUCUCGUAGACACACACGGGCCCACUGGCCCAGAUCCAGUCUGCCGGAACUGCUGCCCUCCCCACGAGGCAGCCAUGCCCUCUAUGCCCAGGAGGUCAGGAGGGUGAAGUGUAGCCCAGGCCCUGCUCAAUCCCCCCUCCCAAACU